AUCAAACGACUAGGUACGAAUGGGUAAGAGUUAAUGGGUACUAUCAAGUUCCUUUAAAUCCGCUGCCCUUCAUUUGCCAUUUGAUCCCCUCCGCCACCGCGGCUAGCAUCGAUCGCCUCUUCGACGGCGCCCGCCCUGCACGCCGCCGCUUAGUCGCUUUGAUUUUAGGGAGGAAUGGAGGGAGCGAAGGCGCAGAUGGGGAGCUUGGAGUCGUCGCUUCUCCAAAUCGUCCAAGAACACCAACAGAGGUCCAUUUGGACCAGAGAGCAAACAGAUAAAGCGAAGAAGAAUGCUCUCAGAACUGCCAUGCGGGUUUCUGAGCUUCUGGUUGACACUGUUAAUGGAGGAGUUGAAGAGUCAUUUAUAAAUGAGAAGAGAGUUGAACUUGAAAUUCGUGCUUUAGCUAGUACUAUCAUGCGCUACAAGAAGCAAACAGACCAGUGGCUUGCUGCUUCCCACGCACUGAACACUGUUAUAAAGGAGAUUGGUGACUUUGAGAACUGGAUGAAGAUAAUGGACUUUGACUGUAAAAGCAUAAAUGCUGCCAUCCGAAAUAUCCAUCAGAUGUGAACUCAUGAAUAAGGGCUACAAUCCAUGCCAAGUUAAUGUCCCAAAGUUCCAGUGGUGCAUAUUCCGGUACAAAUGACCCUCAAGGUUCUGCUGUUUUGCUCAGCAAAACAUAUGUAGAUGAACAACUAGCAUGCAACUUUGGCUAUUGCUGUUGUUUGAAUUGAUAACCUUGGUUGUUAAGACUGCUAGUUAUGAAAACAAUAAAGUGAAUUUUUUUCUAAAGAA